CAAAGGAAGUUUGGUGAUGGACGUAAGUCAAGAUAACUGCAACACUAUUAUACCCUAAAAUGAAAGAAAGCAAGACUCAAAAAGUCAAAAUUGGCGACCAACUUCAUCAAAAUCUCCAUACUAUUCUUCUUCUUCUUCUUCUUCUCCGAUCAUCCUUCCUUUCAUCUUCUUCCAGAAUAUUCCGAGUUCAUCAUCAUACUGCUGCUGCUGCUGCUGCUGACCUCCUUCUUACCUAUCAUCUACAUUGUUCAACCUUCGCCUCCCGUUUCACCCCCUUCCUCAUCUCUCCUCCGUGCCCUUUUCAAGGAGGCUAAUCACAUUGUUCAGUCAAGAUGGCUGAUAUGACUGAUUCAUCUACUGAUGGUGAUACAGAUGAGAAGAAUAUGAGGUUUCAAAGUGAUCAAUCUCUAGCUGAGCUUGGUGAUAGACCGAGGGAUCAGAAGUCACUUCGUAGGCUAGCACAAAAUCGCGAAGCUGCCAGAAAGAGUCGAUUGAGGAAGAAGGCUUAUGUUCAACAACUAGAGAGUAGCAGAAUAAAGCUGACCCAACUUGAGCAGGAGCUGCAACGAGCGAGACAGCAGGGCAUAUUUAUAUCCAGUACGGGAGAUCAAUCUCAGUCAAUCAGCAGCAAUGGAGCCCUGGCAUUUGAUGUAGAAUAUGCACGUUGGCUAGACGAGCAAAAUAAAAGAAUUAGUGAGCUAAGGGGAGCUGUCAACUCCCAUGCGGGUGAUGCUGAAUUGCGCAUAAUUAUAGAUGGGAUUUUGGCUCACUAUGAAGAGAUUUUCAGAAUAAAAAAUGAUGCAGCCAAGACUGACGUCUUUCAUAUCUUGUCGGGCAUGUGGAUAACACCUGCAGAGAGGUGCUUUUUAUGGCUCGGUGGAUUCCGAUCUUCUGAACUCCUAAAGCUGCUGAUAAAUCAAUUGGAUCCAUUAUCUGAGCAUCAGCUGUUGGGAAUUACUAACUUACAGCAAUCAUCUCAACAAGCUGAAGAUGCUUUGUCUCAAGGAAUGGAUGCAUUGCAGCAAUCAUUGGCCGACACUUUGGCUGGUUCUCUUAAUACUUCUACUUCAUCGGGAAAUGUCGCAAACUAUAUGGGACAGAUGGCUAUGGCUAUGGGAAAGCUCGGAACUCUAGAAGGCUUCAUUCACCAGGCGGACAAUCUACGACAACACACAUUCCAGCAAUUGCAUCGAAUAUUAACAACCCGCCAAUCAGCACGCGCCCUUCUAGCAAUAAAUGAUUAUAAUUCUCGGCUUCGAGCUUUAAGUUCCCUUUGGCUUGCUCGACCCCGUGAAUAAGAAAAUUCACCUUUUCUGGCAUUUCUUGGAAUGCAGCUCAUUUAAACGCAGCUUGGCUUCAAAAUGGCAAACGACUUUGAAUUAUGUCAAAUCAAUGGUUCAGAUUGUCCAUGAUACAAAAUUGAGAUAUCCGCCUCCUCGAUAUUUUGUAAAUUGCGAAAAAAAAAAAGCGGUCUUAGAUUGUUAGUUUCUUUAUAUAUAAGAUAGCUGAACUCGACUUUUUUUUUUCUAAUUUAGCCAAACCGGAAACAUCGAACUCCCAUUUCUAGCCGCCUUUGUUUGUUGUGUUCUUCUUUAGGGAGUGUCUGUUACAUGUUUCCCUUUGUGGUAGUAUAAAUUAUUGUAACAUAAAACAAAAAUAAUUGUGUCUUCUUCAUGUUGUCUAUCUAAUUGGAAAGGAAAUGGAUUGAAACCUUGUUA